UGCUGUCCCCUCCAGGCUGGGAAGGUGACACAGGAACCGCCGCGAGGUCCGACGGGGCGAGGGCAGAGGAUUCCUGGGGCGGAUCCGGGCGGGACCUUCCUCCCGACAAGAUGGAGAAGGAGGAGGAGACGCGGGAGAUCCUGCUGCCCAACUGGCAGGGCAGCGGCUCCCACGGCAUCACCAUCGACCAGACCGACGACGGCGUCUUCGUCAAGCGCGUCCAGCAGAACUCCCCCGCCGCCCGCAUGGGCGUCGUCAAGGAAGGGGAUCAGAUCGUGAGCGCCACCGUCUACUUCGACAACCUGCAGUCAGGGGAGGUGGCCCAGCUGCUGCAGACCAUGGGCCACCACACCGUGGGACUGCGGCUGCAGCGCCGGGGCGACCGCUCC